AUGAAUCACACAACAGAAAACGGCACCAGGGUUUCAGCCCCUGCCCCACCGGAUCCUGCUUCGAAUCUCGUUUCACAACACAUGAAACCAAAUGACGGAAACACCCUAAAUCCUGGMGGACGGGCUUUUUCCGAUGGGAGGAAAGCAGGCCGAUAUCSUCCACGACUUUUGAAAUGCAGAAUUCCCACAGUUCUAAACACUUUCAACGUCCGAACCAUAGUAAAUCCAGCAGGAAGACUCCAAGAACUCGUUUUCAAUGCCAAAAAGUUCCAAAUCGAUAUCAUUUGUGUGCAAGAACAUAGAUUCUUACAUGAAGACUCGAACCUCGAAUACAAGUCAAUUGAAGAUUACCAGCUAAUAACAUCCUCUGCAAUCGUGUUAGUAGAAUUUGAGGGGAAUCCUAAGACAACCAUAAUAAGCUGCUACAGCCCGACCAAUGUGAGUGAUGAGAGUGAAGUAGAAAGCUUCUAUAAAGACCUCAAGAGUGUGACAGAAAAUGUCCCCGCGCAUAAUUUUCUUGCUAUAGCUKGGGRCUUCAAUGCCAAAGUGGGUCCARAGGAYGUAUCCUAUACUUAUAACUUGUCAACCAACAGAAACGGCAAUGAACUACUAGAUUUUGUAGAUGAAUUCCAACUCGUCAUUACGAAUACUAGAUUCAUGAAGCCAGCCAGCAAGUUAUGGACCCACCAGUACCCUACUGGGGCUAGAUGCCAGCUUGAUUAUGUACUGGUAAGGAAUAAAUGGAAGAACAGUGUCAGAAAUGCGCAAGCGUAUUCUACUUUURCAAGUGUUGGAUCGGAUCACAGAAUCGUAUCUUGCUAUAUCAACUUGAGUCUUAGGGCCUCCAAAAAGCCAGUAAAGCACCCUAUGAAGCAAAUAGACUGGYRACUUGUAACCUCGAACCCAGAGCUGGCCUCCAAGUAUGCCAYAGACGUGCACAWCARAUUUGAUAUAUUAACCGAGCAAGGUGACGAUAUCGACAUGCAGUACAAGAGCAUCAUUACUGCUACCGAAGAGGUUGCUCUUAGUACGCUCCCAAAAAAGAUAAAAAAGAAGUCAAUCCCCUUCAGCUCCCACUCACUCGUCAUCAAAAGACGAGAACUUUUACAGAUCAGAAUCAUAGAGCACCAGGAGAAUCAAUCAGAAACCACAAGAAAGGCCRUUGMYAAAGCCCAGAGGGAACUUGACGAUGCUUAUYUCUCUGCCGAGACUGAGYUMAUCCAAGGAAAAAUCUCCCAGAUGGAAAGAGAGAGUACUGCGAAUCAGCAUGCUUCCGCCUGGAAAACUAUCAAUGAAAUCACAGGCCGUAAACGCAGACCAUCCAUCACCAUCAAGGGYGGCUCUCAGGAAAGAAGGAAAGAGAACUGGUUGUMCCACUUCUAUAAUCUUCUUGGUAGCCCUCCAAAGCCCUCCGGCAAUCAGCAACUCCCAAAAAUCCAGAUUGCGGAAGAGCUUGAGAUCUCUACUGCACCUUUCACAAUGGAAGAAAUACGUGUGGUAGUGAAACAGACCAAAAGCAAUAAAUCCCCUGGCCUAGACCACAUCCCCGCAGUAAUCUGGAAAGACCCAAUAUUUCACGAGCUGCUCCUAAGCAUCUGCAAUCACACCUUCAUGACCUUCACACCUCCCUCCAAAUGGUUAGAAUCGGGUAUUAUACCUGUCCCAAAGAAAGGAGACCUCACAGACCCGUUCUACUACAGAGGCAUCUCGCUCACUCAAAUAGCAGCAAAGAUGUAUAACAAACUUAUCCUCUAUCGCCUCAUGCCACCGGUAGAUCCUAUUCUUCGCAUGAACCAGAAUGGGUUUCGUAAAGGAAGAUCUGCCAUUGCRCAAAUACUAUCUCUGAGGAGGAUAAUCGAAGAAAUGAACAGGAGAAGCCGCAGAAAUCCUGCAAAAUUUCUCACAGAUCUUGACUUUGCUGACGAUCUAGCAAUAGUAUCGGAACUGGCCAGUAAUGCUGAAUUCCUUCUUCACAUACUGGAAAAAUCAGCCUCCCUUGUUGGACUUUACUGUAACAAACCGAAGACGAAAUACAUAUCAUUAUCUUCAGAUCCCUCAUCAUUAACUGCCUUGUCCGGGAARAACAUYSAGCGAGUCGACRACUUCAAGUACCUGGGCUCUUUUAUAAUGGACUCCUUUAAGGACUUUAAGAUUCGCAAGGCACUAGCCUGGAAAGCCUGUAACNAUACCUUACCCCGUCAUGUCUAUGCUUAUCUGUUAUGA